UUGGAGAAUACACGAAAUAAUUCAGGUAGAAAUCGAGCGCUUGACUCGGUUGGGCGUCCUGAGAGGCGUCGCAGAACUGAAGAAGUGGAGAAUCGGAGAACGAAGUACCUUUCAGUCAGAGAAUCACCCAUAAGGAUGGAAUCUCUUAUACCAAUCGUGAAUAAAUUACAAGAUGUUUUUGCAACGCUGGGACGUCGUGAAGAUCAGAUACAAUUACCCCAGAUUGUUGUUAUUGGUUCACAGAGUGCAGGAAAGAGUUCAGUAUUGGAAAAUCUCGUUGGUAGAGAUUUCUUACCUCGCGGAACUGGAAUAGUUACAAGGAGGCCGCUUAUACUUCAUCUUUCUCAUGUUCCAGCUGACGACGAAAUCAGACGGAGGAAGCCCGACGGGUCAAUGAUCACCGACGAUUGGGCGAUGUUUGAACACACUGGUAAUAAGAUCUUCACCGAUUUUUCUUUAGUUAGGAAAGAAAUAGAAAAUGAAACUGACAGAGUGACUGGUACAAAUAAGGGUAUUUCUCCUAUUCCUAUUAUACUUCGGAUUUACUCGAAAAAUGUUGUCAACCUAUCACUAGUGGAUUUACCUGGAAUUACAAAGGUUCCUGUUGGAGAUCAACCGCCGAAUAUUGAGGACCAAAUCCGUGAGAUGUUGAUUUCCUAUAUUUCCAAUCCUUCAUCAAUCAUAUUGGCAGUAACUCCUGCAAAUCAAGAUUUCGCCACGUCUGAGCCUAUUAAAAUGGCACGAGAAGUUGAUCCUGAAGGGCAGAGGACACUGGCAGUCCUAACAAAAUUGGAUUUAAUGGAUCAGGGAACAGAUGCUAUGGAUGUUUUAAUGGGCAAAAUUGUUCCAGUGAAGCUCGGUAUAAUAGGCGUUGUUAAUCGUUCUCAGGCUAGUUGUUUCCUGCUUUUUCCUUCGAAUGUUCCUGGUCUAGUGCCUCUUUAA